UAGUUCAAUGUUUUCGGGCAUCCAGUGCGCUCCCUGUCCCCGUCUCCUCUUCUCUCGCGGGUCAAAACCCUUCCCUUCCCCCCACGCCCCAACGCCCCUCGUUCGAUCGGUGGGUCGGCCAUGGCUCCCUUCGCGCUCGGAUCUCAGGUGGUCGUCGUAGCCUCGGUGUCCGUCGGCUUGAACUCUUCCGUCAAGGGUGUCGCACUCAAGUCCCAGGCAGGGAUGCAUGCCAAAUCACGGUGCUGCAUCAUGAGGACAAUGGAAUGAAUAUAGAGAUGGCAAAGCUAGCUUUUUCCAAGGGCAUCUGGAGUUACAUAUGUAAAAUGAACAAUGCUCUACGUCGGUAUCCUCAGCAUGGCAGUCCAUCAGUGUCAAUUCUGACCAUGCAGAAACUUAUGAAGAAGUUUCCCCAGGAUUUGGAGACUGCCGACGCAAGCCUUUCUGCUUCUCAGAACACUGCAGCAUCGGUCGUUCCUUCCACACCGACUUCCAGGACUUCACCAUGCAAGCUUGCGGGGAGGAAGUCUCGCCAAAUGAUCGCGAGCGGGAUUCUGCUGGUUGGAAGCAUCGUUUGUCUAUCUCGAGGCCGAUCCAACCUCGGGGCGCAGCUCGCGAUGGCCUUCUUCCUGAAAAAGGCCUUCAAGCAAGAGAGGCAAUCAGGCUCCUCAUCGACAUGAAUGGUGAAAACAGACGUGACUAGAUGCAGGCGGUAGCCGUACUGGUUUGACCCUUUGAGCCAUGCAGACUCCAGAUAACGUAUUAUUAGUAUUUUUAACCUUUCUCUGAUUACAGAAUACGUGACUAGAUAACCUUUGACCCUGAGCCGUGCAGACAAGUUGUAAAGAGUUUUUUCCGGAACUAGAUGCUUGUCAAUAUUAGUAAUACACCAAUGCUACCUGAAGCUAAAUGCUUGUCAAUAUUGGUCUUAUUUCGUUGCUAGAGAGUAGAGACAUCUGUAAUUCACUUGAGUUUUAGUCAGAUCUGUUAAUGGGUAUGUGCAAAGGUAGUCUUUUUGAUACAAAGUGUUGCCUAUUAUUUUCUAA